UGCAGAUUUACAUUUAAAGAACGAAAGCUAACAAGAAAAACAGAGAAAAACGAACGAAAUUCCAAUGUCAGUUUGAAAAUUUCAAUGUGGACAAUUUCUUCUUUAUAAUUGCAAUUUAGUUUUGAACGUUAUGAGCCAUGCAAUCAAACACACUUCAACCAAGAUAUCCAACCGCAAACGGACCGAGUCUAAGCAUGGUGCCAACACUGUUCGGAGACCAAAACUACUACCGACAUGGAGCGUAUGCUGGCAUGUCUAUGGGUGGCAUGGCGAUGUAUGGUCACGAUCAAUACGGGACAAUGAGUCGAGGGCCGUCUAUAUACGCCAGCCCUUAUGCGCCGGCUCACCAUGGUGCCAAAGAUAUGGUGAAACCGCCCUAUAGUUAUAUAGCCCUAAUAGCUAUGGCCAUUAAAAGCCAACCUGAUAAGAAAAUAACGCUGAAUGGAAUUUACCAGUUUAUUAUGGAACGCUUCCCAUUCUACCGUGAAAACAAACAGGGCUGGCAGAACAGUAUUCGUCAUAAUUUGUCCCUCAAUGAAUGUUUUAUAAAAGUAGCACGGGAUGAUAAAAAGCCUGGAAAAGGGAGCUAUUGGACUCUCGACCCAGACAGUUAUAAUAUGUUUGAUAAUGGAAGCUACUUACGCAGGAGAAAACGAUUUAAAAAGAAAGACGCCAUCAAAGAACGCGAAGAGCGUGAAAAGCAACUGGCCGUAGAACUGCAGAAGGAACGCGACAAAACUUCUUCUUUGAUGAUCGGAAAUUCCGGUGUUGGUGCCGGUCCAGCUGGAGGCGUAACCAGUGUUGGUGUUACUGGGCACAGUGGUACCGGUGACGAUCCAUCGGAGGUCAACUGUGCCGAAUCUCAAAACUCGUCUUUGAACGAAAGUUCUUCCCCAGAUCAUCAUUCACAACCGCACCACGAUCAUCAUCCACACAGCCAACACAACAGCAGCCACCAUCAUCACCACCACCAUCAUCACCAUAGCCAACAAAACAACAACAACAGCACCAUCAACAACAGAACCAUCAUCAGCAUCAUCAUCAUCACAGCGGUAACAGUAACAAUAGUAGUAGCAAUGGUAACAGCGGCAGUAAUAACAACACCGGCAGUAGUAGUAGCAACAGUAACAACAAUAGUAGUAGUAGUAGUAGCAAACGUGUGGCAUCAAAUGACAACAACCACAGUGCAGGUAAUGAAGAUCGGAAGACAACACCGAACGCAUCACCUCCAGGUUCUGGAGGUGCGAGUUCUUUGGCAGGAAAUACUAACGUUAUAUGCAACGGUACGGUAACGCGGUGGCGCUGUCGAUGUAGCUUCUACCACAUCAAUGACUACACCGAAAUUAGAACCUAUGGAUUCACCACGCAAUGAUUGUGGUUUGGUUGUGUCGUCGUCUCGCUUGCAUCCGAACCCAAACACUUUACCUAUCCCAACGGAUCCUAUCAAUAUGGAGAUCACAACGUCAAGCAGUUUCUCUGUAGAAAACCUAAUGACUGUUCCCCACACAACCUCUUGUGAUAUGUCCUCAGCUGCUGCAGUUGCCGCGGCUGCAGCAGCCGCUGCCGCCUCGUCCAACUACGUCAACAGCCGACCUCCACCCUUGGUGUCCCCUCAGAUAUUACCGUACGCAUCGUCACGGUCUUCAACGGGAUCCAGUUCCGCCACAGCGGCAGACAUUUACCGAAAUACCUCGUGUUCCCAAACGGCGGCAGCGGCGGCCGCAGCAGCAGCAGCAGCGGCGGCGGCGGCGCAACAGCGGUUACAACUACCAUUGCAGUGGUCAGUCUGUGUUCUCACCCAACGGUGGUCAGUCGAUGAACAUUGCAACGGGACAAUCUGUAAGCGAUCACGACUUGAUGAACCCGUCAAACCCCCACACGUCGGCCCUCACACAAACUGCCAACGGGCUUACACACAGUAUGUUCUCCAAUACCCAAUCAUACGCCAGAGCGAAUUCGUGGUACGUGCCCCCACCGUCUGAACUGAAUCACCACGGCUCGGAUUUUACUACGUCCCCCUUUGGAAACAUGAGAGACAUGUUCGAAUCACAACGCCUUCUAUCUGCCUCGCAGAGUCAGAACCAAUCUGCCACGGCAGCGAGUUGCCAGCUCGCAGCUGCA